AUGCCGCCCCCAGAUCUGCCUCCCAAGGGCGCCCCCGAUGCUCCAGCCCAAGCCACGGUCCAAGAAUCUCAGCCUCCUAUCGCUGUCCCUACGUCCCCCCCGCUGCCUGCUCUCCCCCGGCCAGCGUUCGUAGGACCCACAUUCGCAGUGGCCAACACGCCCCCGCCCGUCCUCGCCCCACUGCCCCCACCUCCCCAAAUCGCGAGCACAUCCCAACCCCCAGCACCCAUAGACAUAGUUGAAGAAGAAGACGAGCUGCAUGGUGACGAAUCGCUCAACGGCUCUGCCCCUCCCCCUGCACCGGCUUUCCACCAAGGCUCGUCCCCGAACAAGUCCUCUUCGAGCAAGUCGUCACCGACCAAGUCUUUGUACAUCCACACAAAGGACGCCUUGCUCCACAGUGGGGUCAACGGCCUCAGCGGCCUUCGCAGCCACAACGUGCACAACGGGUGGGCUGGCUCAGGGUUGCCCCAGUGGCCUAGCGCCACCGGACCUGAGGGCGGCGGCGGCGGCGCGGUCGGCCCUGGUGCCAGCGCAUCGCCGACCAACGGGGAGGGACCCGGCAGAGCGAACCGCAGCGUUGGAUACGGGACUGGGCCGGGUAAGAGCCGAAAGAGCAGCUGUGCAAACUGUCACCACCGGAAAAUCAAGUGUGACCAGCAACGCCCCGCCUGCUCGUCGUGUGUGCGGAAGGGCCACAACUGCAAGUAUCUCGAAGAAGACGAGUCGUAUCGCAACCACCAACCGCCUCGGCCCGCUAAACCUCUCAGUGUGGCGACUGUGAACCCAUUGGAUCCCUCUAAAUACCCUAAACACCUGCCGCCGCAAGAGUCCAACAACUCGAGCUCAGCGCUACUGCCCGCCCUACCCAUGAACACCCACGUCGAAUUGGGCUUGCCGAUCACAAGUCGGCCCGGUUCCACCACCGACCGGUCGACACCGGAAAAGCCAGAACGAAAGAAGAAGAAGGAUGAUAUUAGAGAAAAGAUCCUGAAUGGGUACGACACGGAUAGCGAAGAGGAGACGCCGAAAGAGGAGGACAAAAAACAAGACGUUGAUGUAGAGCUUGCUGCGUUGGUGGAGAAUGAGAUUGAUGAGCUGGCGGACGACGGGGCGCAAGACCAGAGGAGUCAGAAGAGGAGCGUCUCUGUGGACGACGAUAUCAAUGGCGAGCUACUUGAAUUGGCAUCUGGCCCGCCAAAGAAGAAGAAGAAGAAGAAACCAUCGAUGCAGCCGCCCUUGCCCCAGGUCCCCCCGUCCAAUUCGAUGCAAUUCAUCCCCCAACUCCCACCCAAUGCUCCCCUACACCAUCGCUCUAUCCGCGCCGCCCCUCCUCCGCUCACAAACUCGCGCCAACUGUCGGUAUCUGCGCAGAGUUUCCCGCCAACACCGGGUACGAGCAAUCCCAUCGGCUCUCACCUCUCCCAACGCUCCAUCUCCAACCACGUCUCUCCGGGUGACGACCCCUACUCUUUCCCUCUCCAAAAUCUCGCGCUUUCUUUGCCCACGCCAGAGGCACAGGGCAUACUGCUGAGAGGAUUCUGGUCAGAUCCAAUCUUGACGGAAGGCAUUGCACUGCUGCAAUCGCAGUUCCGUGAAGAUUAUGCGCGGAUGAUGAAACGGCUGCCUGCGCGGACUGCCCUGGGCGAUGCCACCACCCUGGCACUGCUCUACCUGAUCUUGGCAUGUGCUCUACGGAUCAUGCCAGAAGAUACAAGCCGCCUGUUACUAGCAGCGCACAACAACACCCCCGUUCCCCGUUCCCUCUCCCGCAUCAUCUCGGGCCAGCCUCCGUCGGCUAUAGACCCUUCGCCUCUGGACCACCGAUACCUCGAUCACGCCGAAGCGUGCAUGACGUUUGCAAAGCAGUGGGAUACCUCUACUGUCAUGACGGUCAUGUACAAGCUUGUCUUGUGGCGGUACCAUAAUCUCUGGGAUAGGGAUAGCAGGCAAGUUUCCCAGGCAGCGGCGGAUCUGGCGAGUGGGAUCAAGAGUGCACAGGGGCAGGGAUUGGGGAAAGAGUGGCAUGGAUUGCAGCAGGCGGAUAGGGAGUUGAGAAGGAGGAUUGUUUGGGCGCUGUAUAGUGCAGACAGGCACGAAUCGCAUGUCCCGUAUACCAUUGUGGAUGUCCACCUGGGUAUCAACUAUCCCACUGCACUCACAGAUGCCGAACUGUUCGCCGCGCCCUCAACACUCCUCGCCCUGCCCACAUCCACCGACGGCGCCCCAACUGAAAAUACCGCCUUCCUCCUCCAAGUCCAGCUCGUCCGGCGCCUGACCAGUAUUCUUGACGCAUUCGCCACCAUCGGCCCGCCCCACGUCGAGCACGAACGUAUCCUUUCUUAUGACGCCACUCUCGACGGCUACCAAGAGUCGCUACCCCCAGCAUUCAGAGUUUUCCCGGUGACAGACACAAGGUGGGACGCGGGGAUGCCGUUCUUGCCUGUACAAAGAGUACGCCUACACGCCAUGCUUUUCGGAUUCCGAACAGGCGUGCAUAGGACGCAUUUGGGGAGAUACCUGCAGCCACAAGCGCCCAUUGGCGUACGCCAAGUCAUCUCCUCCAUCUGCCUCUCCUCCCUUCGCGUCCAAAGGUCCGCCAAGAUGCUCGACCCCAUCGUCGGUCUCCGCCUCUUUUCGCCGCAGACGGUAUUCGAAAAUUCGGCUGUGCUCUGUUUGAUUUUGUAUGUCGACAAGAUGCUUAUGGCGGAUGUCGCGCUGGCGUCGGGUGGAGGGACGGGUCCGAGGACGGUGGAUUUCAUGAGUAUGAGGAGUGGUGUGGCGGAUGCGCUGGAGUUGUUGGAUAUGACUGUAUCGGGUCCUUCUGGGAGCGUUAGUAUUGCCAAGAAGGGGGCGCAGGUUAUCAGGGCUAUGAUUAAUGUCAUUGAUGCGCCGCUGGAUCUGACCAUAGCCCAGGUGCAGAUGAACGGCGCGGCGAAUGACAACUCUCCCGUGGUACCAGACAACAACGGCACACCAAACAACUUUGCCCAUGAAGCCCCGCCCUCACCCAUCUUUAACCAAAUCCAACCCAUCGACGAGUCCGCAGGACAAGCAGGGAAUGGCAUCCUCACCAGACCCUCGUCGCCUGCAGCAAUAUAUUCAAAUUCCACCGCUUUCCGUCCCACGCGCGUAACGCCCCCAGGCGCUACCAGCACCCCCAGCGCCCCCGGCGGUACUGGCACGCCCAUCCAAGCCGGUACUUCAGGCCUCGCCCAAGGGCAACUCGGCCCACACGCUCAAAAAGUCAUUAGCUGGAUUACAGCUAUCCAAGGCCCGGAGGGGAAUGGGAUGGUGAUGGAUGGGUUGUUGAAGGAGCCGAAUUGGGUUGGGGCGUGGGAUAGGGUGGUGGGGAGUAUGUGA